AUGUGGGAGAAACUCCGCGCACUCUUCAAAAAGAAACAUCUUUGUACGGCGGAGACAGCCUCUCAACAACCAAAAACCCACCCACGCCGUCCAUCCGACCCCUACAGCAGUCUCAGCGAAGUGGCUGUCCCGCCGCCGAUCCAGGACCGGGACGAUUCCGGGAUGUUUUUCCACCACCACCAUACCCUGGAAGAGAAUCUCGAGCGGAGCUCGCGGGGCCUGAACCAGGACCAGGACAGUGAAGGUGAAGGUGAAGCCGAGAACGCCUGCAGCGGGGACGGUCUUCUCGUCCGCCAUCAUACCCUCGAGGAGAAUAUCAGACUCGCGAGGGAGCUGUCGCGGGAGUUGCGGAGGCAGUCGAACGAGUUGAGGCGGCGGUCUAGUGAGUACCAACGGGGCACAAAUCAUUGA